CGUCCUCCCGGUCAUGUGACCGCUCCGCUGGCUGCCAGAGAGACGAGCCGUGCAGAGCCGAGUCCUGCUUUGCCUUCAAUCUGUGCAGCUUCGCCGCCAUGAGCGCGAUAGGAAAAUAAAGAGGCCUGCGGCGGACUGAGAGCUGAUACCGAGGCCGGGAGGAGAGAGUCUGCGCGGUAUUUGCGAGUGGAAAGCUGUCCAUGUUGGACUCCCUGAUCCCGUCGCAUUAGGAGCCGUGAGGCUGGGAGAGACGACACCCGGCCGCCCGCAAAACCACCGCACCCAGCAUGAUGGCGUCCAGCGACGUAGACAGCCGAGGUGAAGCUUUGUUAUCUGACCAAAAUCCGUCCGAGCUGGAUGCUCUGUGUCCGUCUCCCCCAGGACCAUCCAGACCCCAACGCCACUACGAGAGGAUCGGAGGACAGGCGGGAACCUCUUUUUUUCAGACUCUGAUCCAUCUGCUGAAAGGGAACAUUGGUACGGGGCUCCUGGGUCUGCCUCUGGCUGUGAAGAAUGCAGGACUGGUGGUCGGCCCCAUCAGCCUUCUGUUCAUGGGCAUCAUCGCGGUCCACUGCAUGAAGCUGCUGGUGAAAUGUUCCCACCACCUCAGUGCAAAGAUGAACCGGCCGUCUCUGACCUACGGCGAGGCGAUGCAGUACGGGAUGGAGAACGUUCCGUGGCUGAGGAGACAUUCACAGUGGGGAAAGCGGACGGUGAACUUGUUCCUCAUCAUCACCCAGCUGGGCUUCUGCUGCGUCUACUUUGUCUUCCUCAGUGACAACGUCAAGCAGGUGGUAGAAGCAGCCAACGCCACCACCGUCAGCUGCCAGAUGAACUACACCAACCAGACCCAGGUCCUGGUCCCGAGCUUUGACUCCCGCCUCUACAUGCUCUGCUUCCUGCCUGCCAUGAUCCUGCUGGUCUUCAUCCGCAACCUCAAGUGCCUGGCUCCUUUCUCUCUGGGGGCCAACUUGGCCAUGACAGCCAGUUUGAUCCUCAUCUACUUCUACUCGCUCACGAACAUCAAAUACCCCAUCGACCUCCCAAAAGUCGGCAGAGCUAAAGACUACCCUCUCUUCUUCGGGACGGCCAUCUUUGCUUUCGAAGGCAUCGGAGUGGUUCUUCCCCUGGAGAAUAAGAUGCAGAGGCCUCAGAGGUUCACCCUGGUUCUCUAUUUGGGGAUGGGCAUCGUCACCUUCCUCUACAUCAGCCUGGGGACCAUCGGAUACAUGUGCUUUGGAGAGCACAUAGGCGGCAGCAUCACCCUGAACCUGCCCAACUGCUGGAUGUACCAGGUAGUGAAGCUGCUGUACUGUUUCGGCAUAUUCAUCACCUUUGCCCUGCAGUUCUACGUUCCAGCUGAGAUCCUCAUCCCGUCCAUGGUGGCUCGCGUGUCACCGCAGUGGGAGACCACCGUCGACCUGCUGCUCCGUGCCGUCAUGGUCAUCUUCACGUGUGCCCUCGCCAUCCUGAUCCCGGAGCUGGACCUCGUCAUCUCGUUGGUCGGCUCGGUCAGCAGCAGCUUCCUGGCACUCAUCUUCCCGCCCCUGCUGCAGCUCAUCGUUUUCUACGGGGAGGGCCUGUCGCCGCUCGUAAAACUCAAAAACCUCGUCAUCAGCCUGGUGGGGCUGAUUGGCUUCAUCGCGGGGACUUACAUCGCCAUCGUGGAAAUCGUUGCCCGCAACGGACACAAACACGAGACCUUGUCCACCUACCUGGUUCAGUGAUGAAGUCAAGGGACUCCUGGCAGGUGGAUGCAAACCCAUUGAGGCCAUUUUUAAACCAUUUUAGGGCAUAUUUUCAUCUGUUUUUCUUCUUCUGUUGGACAUGGCGGCCGUUUCAGGCUAAAUCUGGGAUGUCUGACAGGAUGAGGCUGGAAGAGUUUGUGAUGUUUGUUUCAUUUUGUCACCACUGUAUUGUUUUCCUGUUUGUCCAGCCUUUUAGUGCAAUCUAACAGAUUAAUAAUAAUGAUGAUGAUGAUGGACGUACCUGAUCAGGAGUAUAGUGAGGUUUAGAGGUAAUUUAUCAUUUUGACUGGCUGAAUCACGUGUUUGAUGUUUUAGUCAGAAAAUCAAACUACCUCAGUAACCGCCCUCGGCUUUAACAUCCAGAUUAGGGACAUUUGACCCGUCGUAUAAACAGCUUCUCUCUCGGUUUAGUUUUGCCAGCCAGCCCCUCGUUUAGAAACAGAAGGAAACGUUUGUCUUGCUUUCUGCCUUAUUCAGUUAAACGUCACACAAACUUUAACGUUAAAAAAAAAAAAAAAAACGCCGUUCAAAAUAACUGUAUAUAUAAUCUUAUUUCUAAGAGCAGAACUGAGAGCGCUCGGGUGAGGCGUCGGAGCGGUUCUGAUUGGAACCGUUCACAGUGAUCAGGAACGUGGGGACACUGAGUCACAGGUUUCUUUAACCAAAGAAAAACAGGACACAUUCUUCACGAGCUCGUAUCUUAAGGGAUAAAAUAGCACUUUUUAGACGGUACAGAUACAUUCCUGCCCUCAGCUUUGGGUCAAACUCUGGGCAGCGACCUAAAGAGCGAGGUCACAGGUACAAGAGCCCGAGCGUUUCCUCCUCUGACCUGUGAGGAUCUCAGGAUCCUCCGGGAGGAGCAGGAACUCAAUACCGGACUAGAAGUCAUCUGAAACACACUCGUUACCCAGCUGCCAUCACGACCCGACGUCUGAUAGCAGAAGGAAGAGGACUCGAUGGAUUUGAUGUUUAAAACGUGUCAGAUGUGCUUCUAAAUUUCAGCGGCGGUUUAGGAUGCGCUGGUCCCUGAUGAUCAGGCAUCCACGUCUGCGGUACCACCGAAAAACAAAUCAGGUUUCCAGAAUUUAGGCAUCAGCUCGUUCUGAGGUGGUCCUCGCUCUGAAGCACGAGCUGGUGAAAGUGUCAUGAUGCUACAAACAGAGGAUCGAUGAGUGGGAGAAACAUUCAGAGCAAACCUGAAUCUCCUGAAUCAGAGUCUUAAAUUUAUGAGGGAAAAUUUGCCUGAAAAAGCUGACAAAAAGCUUUUUCCAUGUAAACUUACGAUAUUACAAUAUUAAUCUAGAAAAUUCAGUUUUUCCUCUUUGAACCCGACACCUGAACAGCUCAUGAUGCCAGAGUCAAAUGAUGAGAUGAAGAAUCAGGCCUCUGAUCUGAGUUCAUUCAGAAGAUGAGCUUAAAUUAAGUCACAUGAAGAACAAACGCUCAACAAUAAACUGUAUUCACACCCUCAUUUCAUUUUUUGAUCUUAUAACACAUGAAGUGAACUUGAACAUGAACCUUUAUUUUUUGAUUUCUUUUUUUAAGGUGUUUUUAUGCUCUAACGUAUUUGCCAUAAGUUAAUGAUGGGAUAUUUUUUGUUGCAUUUUGCAUUGUUAUGAUUUGUGACUCACCACGAAUGUUGGUUUACUUGCAGAGGAUUUGCAUGUAUGUAAUAUAGCAAGUUUUAACUGCAAGCUUUGUGGGUGAUCUGCGUCACCUUUCAGAGGCCGACACGUCACAGUGCAGCUUCUUUGCUGUUGGGUGUCUUCAGUGUUACCGUGGCAGUAGAUAACGGCCACAUGUAGGACUGUAAGUCGUUCUUUGUGUGUGUAUAUAUCCAUCUGUCACACAUGUAAAUGUUUGCACAUGUAAAUCAUUUUCACUGGAAAUACUCAGAAUUCAUAUGUUGAAGAUGCAGCCCUGAGAACACUUGGACUGUUUAUUUCAGCAUAAAACAGCAAGAAAUGUAAAAUAUUCCAAACACCAUCCGACCGGACAGGCCGGAUCCUUCAGACGUGCAAGACCUUCAUUUGCUACUGCACCUUUUCAUUUCUAUACGUCUUUCUGAGAAUAACUAACGUUGAAAGUACCACUUUAUGGACCGCUGCACUCUCUCUGUUUGUUAGCUGGAUUGCUCAUAAAGUUAUAGAGGUUUUCUUAAACGUGUUCCCACAGGUCAGAAAUUUCUGGAGUUGGGUCUGGAAAUUUUUGGACAUUACACAUCAUAUCUUCACAAAAAAUAAAACCUGGCAUUUCAGAAACA